ACCACGUACAACUCAUUCUCAUCUUCUUCACUUCUUAUCAAUUUUAUUUGAUCAUCUUUCUUCAAUUUUCUCAUUUUCUUUCUUUCUUUUUUAUCAAAAUAAAUUAGACAUUAUUAGAUAAUUAUAGGAGAUAAUUAGUUAGUAAUAAAAAUGGAUUUUGUAAAUUCAUUCAUGAAUUUUGUGGUUCCACCGGCAAGUUUGGUAAUGUUGGCAUUAGCAUGGCCAACUUUGAGUUUUAUUAAUGCAUGUGAAUGGGCUUAUGGCUUGUUUUACUAUGAAAGUAUGGAAAAUAAAGUUGUUAUCAUUACUGGUGCUUCUUCUGGACUUGGCGAGCAAAUUGCCUAUGAAUAUGCAAAAAGAGGAGCAAUCCUUGUACUUGUUGCAAGAAGAGACACUAGGCUCCGUGGGAUAAGUGAGAAUGCAAGACAGAUUGGUGCAAAGCAUGUCAUGAUCGUGGCCGCCGACGUCAUCAAAGAAGACGAGUGUCGAAGGUUCAUCACCGAAACAAUGAGUUUUUAUGGUCGUGUCGACCAUUUAGUGAACGCUACAAGUUUGGGUCAUACAUUCUACUUCGAGGAAGUUAAUGACACGUCUACAUUUCCUCAUUUGAUGGAUAUAAACUUUUGGGGAAAUGUUUAUCCAACCUAUGUUGCCCUUCCUUACUUACGACAAACAAAAGGUCGAAUCAUUGUGAAUGCUUCGGUUGAGAAUUGGUUUCCUUUGCCAAGGAUGAGCUUGUAUUCGGCAGCAAAGGCGGCAUUGGUGAACUUUUAUGAAACAUUGAGACUUGAAGUGAAAGAAGAUGUAGGAAUAACAAUCGCAACCCAUGGAUGGAUUGGGACGGAUAUUACAAGAGGCAAGAACAUGGUUGAUAAUGGCGCCGAGAUGCAAUGGAGAGAAGAGCGAGAGGUACAAGCUAGUGGUGGAGCAGUAGAUGAAUUCGCGAAGCUAAUAGUGGCAGGGGCUUGCCGAGGAGAUCCCUAUGUGAAGCACCCAAGUUGGUAUGAUGCAUUCCUUCUAUACAAGGCAUUCGCACCCAAGAUUCUCGGGUGGACGUUUCGUUUACUAUUGGGGGCCGAAAAUGGGAGGCAAACGUCUCUUAUUGGUGUAGGUAAGCCGUUAUAUUUGGAGCCUGCUUCUCCUAAAAAGCCAUCCAGUCCAAUGAUAGGUUCAAGGGCCACAUAUGUGCAGCAAAUGAAGGUAGAAUAAGAGAAGUCUUGAGUGUAUUAAUACAUGUUAUGCAAUUUCUUUGAGGUUUUGUUUAUUUUUGUUUUUGGGUUUUUUUUUUUUACAUAUGUUAUUUUGAAGCUUCUCUAGGAUUGGAAAAUGUAUCAAUUUGUAGUUUACAAAAAAGGUACGAAAUUCGUUUUUUUUUUCUUUUUAUACGUACAUUGGCAUCAUUUUAUUGGCAUUUUUUGAAUGAAGGUUGCAUCUAAUUACGUAAAUAUAUGAUUGUAUGUUUAGUGCAA